AUGGAGUCCACUGAACUGAGUUCAUUUGAGUUGAACAACAUCCCAUCUAUCGAUAAUGCAAACACAACAUUUUCAGUUAAUGACAGUGUGAAUGGAGAUUCACUGCCUUUUAUGCAAGAGGGCGACGAUAGGGAAUUGGGUUAUGAUUAUGAAUGCCUGAUGUUCAACGGUAAACCUUACGAAGACCUGACUCUAGAUGACAUGAAGAACGUUAAGUUUGCCAGUCAAGAGGAAAUCGAGUCGUUCUAUGCCCACUAUUCAUUGGCAAAAGGGUUUAGUAUGAGGAAGCACAGACAAGGGGAGCGCAAUGUUAGCAGUGAUGGUUUUGGUAGUGAUCCUGAUAUUGAAUAUGAGUCGGAGGAAGACCCUUACGUUGAUAAGAGGAUGAGGAAUAAUGAAAACGGCCGCGGCUUUCCAACCUGGAUGAAAAUGACAGGCCAUCCACUGACAAGGUGGAACCAGAAGCAUUUUGUUAGGUCCAAUCGUGUUGUUAAGGAGCAUGACAUUGCUCAGGUCAUGUCCCUACGACAAGUAUCUGUUGGGACUGCCCGUGCUUAUGAGUUUCUUGUCCAUCAAGCCGGGGGUCAGGAAUUUGUUGGGUUUACAGAAAGAGACCUCGUAGAUGAAAGUGGAAGGCUAGCAAACAUGUUCUGGCGAGAUGGACAAUCCUAUGAGGAUUAUUGUUCUUAUGGGGACAUUUUGAUAUUUGACAGUACUUACAAAACAAAUAUUUAUGAUAAGCCUCUGGCCGUUUUUGUGGGAACCAACAAUCAUAGGGGUACUAUUAUUUUCGAGUGUGCACUUUUGGCUGAUGAAACUGAGGAGACAUACAACUGGGUACUGACCUCUUUUUUAAAGUCUAUGAAUGAUAAGAAACCAAUAUCUGUUGUGACCGACAGCGACGAAGCAAUGAGAAACGAUGUUCUAACUGUCAUGCCGGAGGCCACACACCGUCUAUGCGCAUGGCAUGUCGGGAGGAAUGUUAAAUCUCACUUGAAGGAAGAAGAUACGCAAAAAGACUUCUUCCACCUUAUAUUUGCAGGGCUUAGUAUUCCAGAGUGGGAGGCUUUAUGGGAGUACUUUGUGGCGAUGAACAAUACACAGAGGUGUGAGGGGAUGCACAGAAAUCUGAAGACUGAUCUGGGCAGUUGUAUGAGGCUGUAUGAGUUGCUUCCCCGGCUUGAUAAAACUAUUGCACGAAUAAGAAAUCGUAGUCUCUAUGACGAUUACUUGUCCCACCAGUUUUCUCCUGUUUUUAAAUCCCACCUCCGUGGUAUGGAACAAGAGAUUGGAAGUUUGUUUACUCACGAUGUAUUCCUACUGAUAAGAGAUCAGAUUUAUUUUGAGCCGAAGUUCAUACUAACCGGCAAGGUUCCGGAACCGGCUACAGGUACCACAGUUAUCUGCAUCUCACAAUAUGGUAAAGUGGAGAAGACAUGGGAGGUCAGGUUCCAGGGUGGCCGAGAGAACCCAAUUUUAUCAUGUUCGUGCAAGUUGUUUGAGUCUGAUGGCAUUCCAUGCUGCCACAUGUUCCUGGCGAUGAAAUCUGAGAAUGUGACUACAUUUCCCCAUUCCUUAGUUAAGAAGAGGUGGACAAAAGAAAGCGUUGAUUGUGUGGAAAAUGACCACAAUGUUGAUAGGAAGGUUAUGCAGCUGGCCAGGUACGGUGAACUAAUGUCUGCAUGUGCCAAGAUAUGCCACAUUGCCUCACACAGUGAUGAAGGCUAUGACACUAUUAAGGAAGCCCUGAAUGACCUAACCAUAGACGCGCGCGACCUACCUCAACCGAGAGAGACAGAUUCUCCUGUCUAUGUUGAUGAAGCAACCAGAUCAACCGGCCUUCAUCCUAAUGUAAUAAGGGACCCCGUGACCUGCCGCAGUAAGGGGAAAAAGUCUAAACCAACUAAAGGGCAGGGGAACGUGAAGAAAAGAAGGACCUAUAUCAGUGUUGGUGCUAUAGUGAAUAAUAGUCCUCAGCGCUGUAGUAGCGUGGCUGAUGGUAGUUGUUCAUCAGAUUGCUCUGAUACUGAGGCUGAUGAGUUGGUUGAAGAAGCUGACAGGUUGAACAGUGAUACAUAUUCCCUGAUUCAUAACGAAGAGGAAGCCAUGUCUUUUGACUUUAUAACCGGUGUGGUUAACAACAAUUCACCCUCGAGAUCCAGCAGCUGUGAAAUCAGAGAUGUAGGGGGAGAUUAUUGGAGGUUCUACCGAUCGUUUCCUAACAUCCUGCCGUGA